AUGGCGGAAUUUUAUCUUCGCUACUAUGUGGGUCAUAAAGGAAAAUUUGGCCACGAGUUUCUGGAAUUCGAAUUUCGACCAGAUGGUAAGCUUGAUCAGUCUUUUAUGCAAGGAAUUAAGUGGUUUUAGAAUAGUCACAUGGCUUAUUUUCUCGUCUUCAGGUAAACUUCGGUAUGCUAACAAUUCGAACUACAAGAACGAUGUCAUGAUUCGAAAAGAGGUAAGAGCUGGUAUAUGCCAUUUAUGUAACUUCACAAGUUUAAUUCUUAGUUGUAACUGUAAUAGCAUAACUUCGAUUAACCCGUAGUGACGUCAUUUCUUAGGAAAUACCGUACCGUUCAACUAUAUAAGCACUGAAGCAGAAGACUUGAAGACUUGACAUAAUUAAUCUGCAAUUCUGCAGAGCUUUAAGAAAUUAUAGUUACAUGUAAGCUAAGAGAACUUGAAAAAGUACUUCAACACCUCCAUAUUUCACGUGAUAAUCGCAGUAACACAUAGUAAUGUGGUGCUGCGUUUGCGAAUUCUGUAGCUUACCCAAGCUCUUUUCGAGUUAGAAGGUUAGCUUUUUGUUUGAGAUUCUGGGCCCGGUUCCUGAAAGGCCGAUUUGCUCCAAUCCAGGAUUAAAAUUUUGUUCCACUUUCUGUAUUUACCUUCCUAUGCAUUGCUUAGAGUAACAUUUUGUGUUAUCAUUUCUUUUUUUCGAGGUAAAGAGACAACAGUAUUUUGUAAGCUCUAGUUACAUGUUCUUAGACAAGACCUUGCUUAAAACUUGGCUUAAUCCUGGGUAAACUUAACCAUCUUUCGAGGAAACCGAGCCCAGGACGUUUUCUUGCUCGUUGGCUUAUUUUAGAUAACUCGCGCUUUUAAGAAGGAAAUCUGAAAUAAUGGAUGGGCAAACUGGCAAAAUCAAUAUGCGAAUUUCAUGUCAAAAUCUGAUUUUUCUAGAGAGAAAAAUAUCAGGAAUGUUUAUUCCCUCUUGACUCCUGAAAAUUUUUGAGCAGUAAAUAUACUGUAAGCUUACUUUUUCAGUCUUGUCCUGGCUGGGAUAUUCUGUGGUCAGGGAGAUUUUCAUGAUUGGCCAGAAGAGAUCAGAAGCAGUGAGUUAAGGCCCGGUUCAACAACAAACUUUUCAUGUACUGAAGUUACCUAGUACCUAUUUGGUCGACUAAUGGGAUGUAAGUUUGACAGUUGAUUCAGAAGUCUAACUCAACUAGUCAGACUUAAUUCUUUUUCACAAUGUACAAUGAUGAUCUACAAUGCUAACCAGCCAAAAUAAAUUAAGGCAAUUGAUGCAUUUGAUUCAGCACAUGAAAAGUUUGAUGUUUGAAGUGAAGUUGCUCCACAGUCAAAAUUCCCAUGUAGGCCAUUCGAACUUGAUUCAUGGGUUGACCCAAAUUUGACGUGUUGGACUUUAUUGAUUCAAAUGUCAAUCUUUUCCUAUACUUACUUGAAGGGAUUAGGUUCGGUACAUGGGAAGUACGAUGUUUGAACUGGGCAUAAGAUGCUUCUGUAACUGAUUCUGUAAGAAUAACUGUCCUUCGUCGUCCCAUUCUUGAUGAAAACGUUGUCUGCAAAGACAUUGCAAGUGAAUUCCCAAUAACUUAGCACUGGGUCUCCCAGGAUGACUCUUAUGAGAAAAUUUUCUACAACAAAUAAAUUUCUUUCAAACAGGCAUUUGUACACAAGGCUGUCAUGGAUGAACUAAAAAGAAUCAUAGAAGACAGUGAGGUUUGUAAAUAAUAAUAGUAAUGACAAUAAUGAUAAUGAUGAUGACAGUGACAGGGAAAAUAGUGAUGAUGAUAAUAAUAAUAAUAAUAAUAAUAAUAAUAAUAAUAAUAAUAAUAAUUGCUGCGGAGCGACCGAAGGGAGCGAGCAGCAACAUAAUCAGGAUUUAAAGGAAAUAUACAAGGGGCGACGAAUUCUCGAAUUCAUCACUUUUUACCACAAUGCAUUGCAUUUAACCACACUUUUUACCACAAUGCAUUGCAUUUAACCAGAGUGCAUUGCGCCAUGAACAACUCAAAUAAAAACACGGGGAAGUUCGGCGGGUGAGAGAGUGCAUCGUUCGCUGCUCAGACUUCGAGUUCUCUGUGGCAAAUUUUCUACAGCACGGUUAGAGGUCUUACCAAAUUUUAAGACACGCAGGAGUCUUUCAGAUGAGUACGAUGGUUAACUUGGGGAUUGGAUUUCAAUUCAAGAGCCUUGAGUUUGACUCAAGAGCCUUUUUUGCUCUUCGACUCCGCAACAUGGGGGAUGUACAAAUUCCAGCUUGCUAGAAGGUGAUGUGAAAGUGAGAAAAUUUCAUGCAAUCCUAUUCUUAAGAAACUGUAUGAGCCGAAAAUGGAUGUGAUUUUGACCAUUCGCUUCAAAAUAACAGCGGAAAUCGAGAUAACAAAACAUAUGUUUUGUGUCCUUCUUUGCAGACGAGGACGUGUAUCGGCGUUUUGAAAAGCAUAAUUAUGUUCUUUCAUUCAUUUAUUGCCAUGGAAUAUGCGUUUACAUUGUUUUUUCACUGUUAAUAGCUCGGUUAAUGCGGCUGGCGAUCAUCUUGCCGGCAGAAGUUUCAUGGAAAAGGAAUAAAAGGAAAGACUUUUCCUAAAGAAUACGUACUCAGUCUCUGUGGUGUAGUGGUUAAGUGUAGUCGCGUCGAGGCGGAGGUGCCGGGUUCGAAUCCUAUUUAGUUAUUUAUUCCUUCUUUCUUUUUUUUUCCCUUUUUUUGUGUUGUUGUUUUCUAUAAAUAUAUAGUUAAAUAACUGUUACUUAAUAAAGUGCAACAAACAGCAAGAAAAGUAUUGUGUUUCCAGAGAAAAUAUCGUGCACCGUGUAUUUUGGAUAAACGAUCUGAAUUUCUAUUAUUUCCUACAAUUUACUGUGGGAAAACCAGAGUUGAUAACCACUUGAUCAUUUUCUAAACAACGUUCCCACGAGUUCUUUCUGUAGACUGAUAGUAAUGAUUAUUAUUCUAGUACUUUCCAACAUGUAAAUAGGACAUUCAAUGUCAUUUUUGAUUCUGUUAAGUCUCACUGCCUAACUAAUGCCAGUAUCAACAGAAUGUGCCGCAGCAUUACUAUCUUUUAGAUACCCUAGUAAUAAUAAUAAUAUAAAUCUUGAAUUCCACAACUGUGUACUUUAAGCUUUGGAGAAACAACUAUUUAGCAAAGCAAAAGGACACUCAUGAAAUAAAUCAAACGAAAUUGUCUUUAUUUAUAAAGAAAUUACCUUUACAAGUACAACAUGUUAUGAGUAAAAAAAAACAGUGUGGACUACUUGCCUGCUUAAAUUAGCCCUUAAAUGGAUGGGGGGUACCCCCCUCCCCCCCUCCCCCAAUCUAUCUAUUUCCUGGCUAAGAGCAAAGAAAUACAAAGACGCAGGAUUCAUAGGAUACUUCUCUUUUUUUGUUUCAAGAUAAAGAAGGGAAACACAACCAUGAAAUAUCUCAACCCAGUUUAAGCCCAAAAUGGUUGGCAUUAAGUGGUUGUUUGAUACCAGAAUCUCUUAAAACCUUACCCUUUAUGUUUUCAAUGUCCCUUUAUAUCUUGUAAAGGAGAAUACCUCCUUCUUCCUUGAAUAAAUAAAUUACUAUCAGAACUAGAAAUCAACACUGUAAACAUGGCUACCUCAUGUCAGUUUGCUUUGUAUUGUAGAUUACUAUUUUCAUUUGUUUAUAGAUUCUUCAAGAAGAUGACAAACUUUGGCCACAACCUGACAGGGUUGGUAGACAAGUAAGUGUGAAUGAUUUAAAAUAUAUUUCUUUAUUACAAUUCUAUCUCAGGUCGAACGACCAAAAGAUUUCCUCAAAACAGGUUUGGCUUCUAAAUUUUUUUUGUUGCAGUUUGUUUUUUGUAGGGAGGGAUUCCCCUGUUUAUUUUCCCCUGUAUUAAAAAACACUCUUAAAACGUCAUAGCCUGCAUUGCAGGCAUAUUUUUUUGGCAAGCAAAAGCUGCUUGUUUAUUUUCAUAAUCCCAUGGUGGCCAUCUUUGAUUCUAUCACUGAGAAAGAUUAUGGAGAGUAGAAAAAUUAACCCUCGAGGUAGGCAUUAGAGUUCAAGAGAAGGAACUGGGGGAGGAGAGGGGUAAAAAAUAACAAAGGAUUUCACGCUUCAAAUUUUGAAACAAAUUUUGGUAAAAAAGUGCAUACUAUACACUAGUAAAUACUGUAUUGAUUGAAGAAAACUUUGGAAUUUACAGGAACUGGAAAUUGUCAUGGGUGAACAGCACAUUUCAUUCACAACUUCUAAGAUUGGUUCCCUUAUUGAUGUCAAUCAGUGCAAGUAAGUCACAUUAUUUAAGUUAUUUAAUUAUCUACAACUGUUCGUUAAUUGUUGUUAUUUCUGUGGUGAUCAAUCAUCAUGAACCUGUGUGUUUUUUUUCUUUUUUUGCCCAACGCACCCUUUUUUUAUGGAUCCAAAUCAAGAGAAAAAAAUAGAGAUCAAGAGAGAGCGUGUGAUUACAGUUUUUUGAGACAACACGUUUUUGGAAGCGUUCACUAUUUUCAGGCUUUAGAAAAAUGAAAAAUCCCAUUGGUCAAAUGCAGUGGCUAUACGCAUGCUGCAAAAUCCACCCCAAAACAGGGAUUGAAAUUGUGACUGAUACAGUCACCAUUGCAGCUAACAUUUUCUCCCUGUUAACAAAAAGUUCUGGUUUAGUCGGGUCUUUGGCGACCAGAUUUCUUUAUGAUUUAGAUUUAAAAUAAUUGAAAAGAGUAAAGUUAAAACAAACAUUUCAUCUUAUUGUGCUUUGCCUGUGCUAAAUUGCAUAAACAAAGCCAGUUUACCUCCUACUUUAUACCAACUUCUGUAAAGGUUAUUUUGCGUUGCUUCCCUAUCCUUUCAUGUACUUCAACCAUUGACAUCAAUACCAUUUCAUAUAACUGAGGCCUGAAAAAGGUACCUCUUUCGGGCGAAGCCUACCCAUAUUGCCCAUUAUGAGGAGUACCCCCCACCAUGUUUGUUUUUAUUAUGAAUAGCCCUGUGAUGCAAUGCCAAUUUAUAAUGGCUCUGAAGUAGAGCUCAAAUUUCUUCUUCUGCUCUCCCAGUGAAGGAACAUAUAUUAUAUUAACCCUACAAUUACAGUUUGGCCACUGAAAUUCUCAUUGUGGGAAACAGCUAGGGCUGGAAGCAAGGUUUUAGCCAGAAGGGUGUACAGCCAUCCUAUGGAUGCCCAUUUUUGGAAGAAAUACAAGGAAAAUUCCCUUAACCUCUUAUAAUUUUAUGGGAAAACAUGCCUUCCGGUUGGCCAGUUUUCCAUGUCUGGCUAACAGCCUGGCUGAAAGGAUGCAUAGUCUCUACUGUAGUGCAAAAUGUUUUAUGCAGUUUAUGUUUUUGCUCAACAUAAUUUGGUCUGACAAGCAUUCCAUUUUCAUACUGGUUACUUCCAGUUAUUGUUUACAAGGUAUUUUCUACCCAGUGAGAGUUGUCCAUAGCAUAAUGAAACAUCCCUACACAAAGACCAGUCAUAUAUGACCUUUGCAAUCUUGGUUCCACAUUGAGGUCUAGACAAGAAUCUGUGUAUUACUUUGCAGAUGGUAAUCACUAGGGUAAAUUUCGUGUUUGAUGCAGGCUACUUUUUAAUGUGCUAAGGUUAUUUCUUUUUUUUAAUUUUUUUGCAGGGAUCCUGAUGGCUUGAGAUGUUUUUAUUAUUUAGUUCAAGAUCUCAAGUGCAUGGUGUUUUCUCUGAUUGGGCUUCAUUUCAAGAUCAAACCCAUCUAA